AGUCUGCCUCUGCCUCUUCUGGUCCUGCCUAAGUGCUCCCGAGAGGAGUGGACGUCAGUAUAUAGCCGAUGUUGAAGGCAACGCACCAAUCUAGAAGUGACUGUCAUCAGCGGUGAUGUCAGUACUGGAGCGAAGGUGUGAGUUUUGACAGAUUUCCAGGUUGGCGACUUUUCACGGACAAGGUUGACAUCUGGCGCCUGCCUACGUCAAGAUUCCUGCUUCCUGGCUGAUAGCUUUGCGAACUUGUGACCAGUGAUCAGCCCUCUUGGAUUCAUUCCAGCUCCUGAUAUUGGAGUCCAGGGACCAGAGUGUAGUCUAAGCGCCUGAGUUGGAACUUUCCAGUUGGAAGACUUUGUGUCAGUGUGUUUCGACCAGAGCAGUCAACGCUGGCCUGAGGGUAUCAUACCACUGCAGCUGAAAUUGAGGGAUUUGACUGAAGCCCGUGUAUGCUGAGGUAGCCAGUGAGAACACCCACCUAGCAACAAGGCUGGUGUACACGCGACAGCCUACAACCCACGGCAGACCUGCUCAGCUUGUCAGCAAGGUGGUGAGCCGAUCUGAACCAGGUUUCCUGCGCAGGACAGGACUCUACAGAGAUUAGAAAAACCUCCCUCCAUCCGGACACCCACAUUGUGUGUGCUGUAUCACCAAUAAGACAACAGACUUAGCCGCCGGGAGGUGCCGAGGUAACCAUUUAUCAAACAUCACAGGAACUUGCCUCUCCAGAGCCGAGGAGAGCCUCUGCAAAUAUUGGUGGAAGGGAAAAGUACAGCCUUGGUGCAUUCCAGCAGAGAGCAGAGUUUGAGGAGGCGACCUCCUGCCAUGCCACAGUGAGCUCAUGCUCUCUGGUGGGAAGACUCAUCCCAGGGAUUAGCUAAAACAAUUGCUGGAAAAACGACUGCUUCAUCAGUCGAGCAACACUUAUCCUGCCGCCAUGGAGGGGAGAGCAGGGCCUGUGCUGGGUCUCCUGCUUCUGAUGACUUUGUACAGGGGUUCGCUGGCCAUAGAUGCCUCAACAUGCCGGUAUUCCCUGGGUAUGGAAGACAAGAGAAUCCCAGACGAGGACAUCUCAGCAAGCUCCUCACAUUUCGAAACAGUUGGUCCAAGCUAUGCAAGACCUUACAUAACUCGCCGGAGACUAAGACAAGAUGAGGGUGACGGCGCGUGGUGCCCGCGAAACAUGGUCACAGACGAGUCAUACGAGUACCUCCAGAUCAACAUGCGCACGCAGCGCUUCGUCACGAUCGUGGCGGUACAGGGGAGGUACGACGAGGGGAUCGGGAGGGAGUUCGCUCGCAGGUUCCGACUGGAGUACAGCCGGGACGGGAAGGUGUGGAGACGAUGGAAGGACAGGACAGGCAACGAGCUCUUGGAAGGGAACACCGAUUCCAUGACCCCAGUGUUGCGUGACCUUGACCCGCCGUUCAUCGGGAACCACAUCCGCUUCAUCCCGCUCAGUAACGACCCGGGCGUGCCGCAGACCGUCUGCAUGCGGGUAGAGAUGUACGGCUGCGAAUGGAACGAUGGCCUCGUAUCGUACUCCAUGCCUCCUGGACAGAGCCGCGGGGACGUCCUUGUCAACGACGCCACCUACGACGGUGCGAAAAGCACGUCCCUCGUGUACAGCGGACUGGGACAGCUUACCGAUGGAAUAACCGGCCCCGACAACUUCCUCUUAGAUGCCAGUGGCAUGUGGACCGGGUACGAGUGGGUUGGCUGGAAGAACACGACCAAGGGAACCAAACCCGUGGAGAUUGUUUUCGAGUUUGAGAACGUGAGAAACUUCACCACCAUGAAGAUCCACUGUAAUAACUUCUUCCUGCGGGAGGCAAAGGUGUUUGAUGAGGCAACGAUAUCCUUCAGUAUCGAGGGGACAUACUACUCCCGCACGCCAAUAGUGUACAAGCACAUACUGGACACUAACAACUACAGUGCUCGAUGGGUGACCAUCAAUUUGAAUCACAACAUUGGGAAGUUUCUCAAGGUCCGCUUUACAUACGCCGACAGUUGGAUGCUUUUUAGUGAAGUGUCCUUUGACUCAGUGACUGGCAACUUCAGCCACCUUACUGACGAAGAGUAUGUAGAUCCAAUGCUUGUGACAGAGACAGUGCCUCUGCCCAUCGAGAUUCCGAACGGGGAAAUCGUUAUGGACGGAAGCGCCACUUCUCUCACAACCGUAGACCCUAACGGCUCGGACCACACAGAAGUGACCACAGUGGACACGUCCAUCACAGAAGUGGACGGCCAGAGCGGCCUGCCCAACGUGGCCAUCAUCGUGGGCAUCCUGGUGGCCAUCAUCUUUGUCCUGAUGGUGGUCAUCCUGCUCAUCUUGUGGAGACACAAGAGGAAGACCAAGGCCAAGCCUCCAAAAGAAACAAGAGGAUUUGAGCAGCACAUAGCGUUGAACGUAUGCAUGCCUAACGGACACAACAACCAGCCGAGCGUGCGCCACGCCAACCCGAGCUACCACCGCAUCCGCCCCAACGACCCGGAGUACCAGGAGCCCCACAACUUCCUGAGGAAACUGCCCGACCUGCCCGCACUGCCCGCUCCUGUCAGUCAGUCCAGGGAGAACUCAGGUGAUGCUGUGUAUGCUGAACCAGACUUCAGCCUCUGUGCAGCGAACCCGAACGUCAAGAUCCCGCACUACGCCGAGGCCGAGAUCGUCAACAUCCAGGGCGUGGCAGGAACCAACACGUACGCGGUCCCCAACGUCAACAUCGACAUGUACUCCACGUCAACACCUCCGGAGUUCCCCCGACACAACCUACACUUCCAGGAGAAGCUGGGGGAGGGCCAGUUUGGAGAGGUUCAUUUGUGUGAAGCUGAAGGAAUGAGAGAGUUUGUGGGGGGAGACUUCUGCCUCACCCACACCAAGGACAAACCUGUACUGGUGGCUGUGAAGAUGCUCAGGCCAGAUGCUACCAAAAAUGCCAGAACUGACUUCUUCAAGGAAGUGAAGAUCCUUGCGAGGCUGCGGGACCCUAACAUCGUGCGACUGCUGGGAGUGUGCACGCGGGACGAGCCCCUGUGCAUGAUCGUUGAGUACAUGGAGAACGGAGACCUGAACCAGUACCUUUUCAAACACGAGUUCGAGGGGGCUGUUCCUUCGGCUUCAAAUGCACCCAUGCUUGGCUUGGGGGCGCUGCUGUACAUGGCUGCUCAGAUCGCAUCAGGAAUGAAGUACCUGUCGUCCUUGAACUUUGUGCACCGCGACCUUGCCACCAGGAACUGCCUGGUUGGUCCGAGGCACUCGGUGAGAAUAGCAGACUUCGGCAUGAGUCGGAACCUGUACUGCGCCGAUUACUACAGGAUACAGGGGCGCGCUGUGCUGCCCAUCAGGUGGAUGGCAUGGGAGAGCAUCCUCAUGGGUAAGUUCACCAGCCAGAGCGACAUCUGGGCCUUCGGAGUGACCCUCUGGGAGAUCCUGACUCUGGCCAAGGAGCAGCCUUACGCCCACCUGAGCGACGAACAGGUCAUCGAGAACACGGGAGAGUUCUUCAAGGACGAGGGGCGGCAGGUGCACCUGUCCCAGCCCGCCAUCUGUCCCAGCGACACCUACGCCAUGAUGAGAAAGUGCUGGAAGAAGGAGCCCGAGAGCAGGCCCACCUUCGAGGACCUGUGUGUGUUCUUACAGAGGAAAAACAUUGGCUUCCUCACUGAAGUAUGAUGUACAGAUACAUAGAUAAUAUUAUAUAUAUAUAUAUAUAUAUAUAUGAGCUGCCUUCAAUAUUUGAUUCACUUACCAUGUUUUCUUUAAGAAGAGUUAUAAAAGAUCAUGAUCAAUUGUUAAGUUUUCCAGUGGAAAGAGUGCCAUCAUCACCUUUUACUUGCCAUUACAUUAUGUUAAAAGGAGAAAGUCAUCUCCUAACUCAUGUGUGCACUGCGGCUUAUAGAUUAUCAUGUAAGGCUGUACGUAUUGUAAAGAGUAAACAGUGAGUGGGUGUAAAGCCUGUACAGCGUGUGUUUUUUAUUGUAAUUUUUUCAUGAUUACCGUUGUAGGCCACACCAAUAUGUAUUUCCUUGGUCCUCAGGCAUUCAAAAUGAUAAUUUAUCAAAACUUUAUAAAAUAAACCGGAGCCAGGCGGAAACACUAACCAUAUCCACUCCCUGUAACUGAGUGUUCCAAGAUUCACAUACUUUUCCCUCUGAUGUUUUUUCAUCUCACAGUUUAGAAUUACGUUGUUUUAAAAUCUGAGAGUCAGCAAAUAGAAUUGGUGUGGCUUCAGUGUUAAGUUGAAAUUUGAAGGGACAAUGUGUGUUGCAUUACUAGGAAUGUGUGAAGCUUAAAGCCUGUUUUUGUGUUUUGUUUAUUGUAUUAUUUGCCAUUGAAUGAGUUUGAAAAUUCUGUAUAGUGUCUGUGACAUAUAACCAUAUUCAGGAUAAAGUUGUAUUAUAAUUUAAGUAUUAUCAAUAGAUGUAAAGGUAUUUUAUGUUGAUGUACAGUAGUGGCUGUUAGUGUUGUAAUGAUUGUAAAACUCUGAAAAAUUUGGUGUAGAGCUGUCCUUCGUAUCUUGCCAAUCUUACUUCCAAAUCAGGAAAAAAUUACUGACAAAAACUUUGUAGUGAAUAUCUCUACUUUUUAAAGUGUGCUCUGGAUACAUAAUGAUUUCGUUAAAGAUUCCAAGUCUAUAAAGAUGAUAAUAAUUUUGGGAUGUAUUCCCAAAAAAAGACAGGCAUAGCUCUUCAUACAUCAUAACCAUUUCUUGCCAAUUUUGUAAAGGUAUGUUUGUAAAACUUUUGUAGUACCAGAUAUAUUCACAUAAAUGUGUCUAUGGGCAACGUCAAUUUUACUCUGGUUUGUAAUUUUCACCACUUAAACCCUUCAAAUAGAACCAGAAGUCGAGCAUACCAAUCUAGUUUUCAUUCUUAUGGAGUUAACAAGGUCAUACUUGUUAAGAAGCCUUUUUUUUUCUUCCGAGAUCUUCUAAGAUAUCUACAGCCUUCAGUUACAAUAUUACCUGUAUGCUGUCUGUUCAUGAUAUUUUUGUAUGUAAAUAUGGCAAGGCUGAGAGCAGACUGUGACAGGGCUAUGUGCAGUGCCAAGCAUUGAGUUAUAACCACAGAGUAAGUAGUGUGUAAAUUGAAAAGGAAAAUGUUGCAGGUUGUUGUGAAGAAGCUGCUUUAGAACUUGUCGUGCAGAUUACGAAUUUUAAAUCCUAUCGUCAGAUCUUAUACAGAAGAGGUCUUGAGCUUGAUUGCAAGUAAUCAUGAUUUUAAUGAUUUCAUUACCAGUUCUUUAUAUGCCUAGCUUUCAUACAGUAUUGAACUAGAUUGUUUAACUUCCCAGCACAUUUAUGAAAUAGGGUUAGCUUAUGUUUCAACACACCUGUAAUAUUGUGCAAAGUGUAACUAUAUCAUUGUGAAUCAAAAGUCAAACAUGUACCAGUUUAUUUCAUUUGCUAGCGAACCUGUAAUCCAAAUUCUUACAAAGCCCAAUCCAUCAAUUUGAAACAUGUUUACGUACAAGCCACAUUUUUUCUUCAUUCUGUUUGAUUACUGUUCAACCUUGUUUUAGGAAAAGACAAAGCAAAGGAAAUGAACUGAUAAUAUGUAUUGAAGAAAGGGAAGAGUUCAGUUAUAACUUAUGUUCAGUUUUCUAACCAGACGAGAUUCCAUACACUUAUAGUGGAGUCUAUAUGCGUAAGCCAUGGUUUUUUACUACAGUCUUAAGGUUAAAAUUUUCAUGUUUGUUGCAAAUGUAUUUUGUUAACAGAAAAGACCAUCUCUGUGCCAUGGUACAUCACACUAAGAAACUUUCAGGACCACAGAUUCAGAUCUUUGUGGAAAAUAUUGACAACCAUCAUAUACUUGAUAAACUCUUGUUCAAAUACAGCUAUAUUCUUGUCAUAAUAGCACUAUGUCAUAACAAUCACCAUGCAUUUGGUUGAAGAAUUAUUGUGCACAUAGAUAUAUCUGCUGUCAGGUAUUAGGAUACAUGUACAUCUACAAGCAAAAGGAAGAUAUUGCUGAUAUCGACAGGCUUACAAUGUACAUCUACAUGUAAAAAAUUACACCAUUCACUGUUAUGUACCAAGACAUAACAGUGGCUUACUUUAGAGAUGUACACUUUGAACUUGCAACUUCUCUACUUGUGAAGAAAUGUAUUUUUUCUAGUGCGUGACAAAUGUAGAAUUUUUGUUCGUUAAGUCGUAACAGACACAUGAUGUAGAUGGAUUAAUAUGUACAUAAUCUCUAUUGUUGUGACUUACAAGGUGAAUGGAAGCUGUGGUAUUAUUAUUAUUAUUCCCUUAUGAAAUUAUGAAUAAGUUGUAGGAUUGUUGUGGAGUCGUGCCUCCUUAUCCAACCCUGCUGUAUGUAUAACAGAGAAGACUAAAAACACAAGUAAAGAAUCUGGAACAAAGUG